AUGUUAUGCCUGAAACAUAUCGAAGGAAGAACUUAUGACCCGUCACUCCAGCCAGAAAAAGUUUUGCUCAAGCCAACAGUUACACGUUUUGGUCGUUGCAAUGAAAGCUCAGAUGUUGUUAUCGAUAGUUCAAUCUCUCCCUUGAUGAUAAGUCGUUUACACGCUGAAAUUCGUUUCGUUGAUGGAAAAUAUAGAAUUGAUUGCAAAGGAAUGAACGGAAUGAUUGUAAAUCAAAAGAAGCGGAGUUCAGCUGUGCUUUGCGAAGGAGAUGAGAUUGUUUUCGGUGGCAUCGGUGUUAAGAAAAAAGUUAAAGAAGGACAGAUAGUGCGGUCUUAUGAUUCAGAGCUGGUGUAUGUUUUUGUGGAGGUACGUCCCAGCAGCUCUGAAGAGCCAGAUUCUCUUGGUGAAGGUACUAGUGAUGGUAAAGUACGUCGUCGAAGCAAACGAAAACAGCCUGUAUCGACAAGUGAAGAGUUAUUAUUAAGGUACAAAGUGUGAAGCGCAGUUCAUUACUUUCCCCUCUACUGUGGAAAUGGGACAUUUCCCCCCCCCCCGUUCCUUUUCUUUUUCUCUUCAGCUACUGACCCCCCUUAUAAGGAUAUAGAAUGUUAUAUGAUAUAGAAAUAAAAAUUGUCUUGAAUAAGGUUUCGUCUUUCAGAUAAACGGGUUUUGGUAUAUUAACAGCUUAGACUGGAACUGAAAUUAAGGUGGCUCGAUAGGGUUUUUCAGGGUCAAUACGUCCCCAGUUUGAUCAAAAUGCCAAGAAAAUGGCUGCAAGUGAAAUAGGUAAUGGAAUCAUUUCAUUGCUUUGACAACUCCAAUGUCAUAGUAACCCUGAUCAUGACAAAUUUUCAUCUUCAUCGAAUACAUCAGUGGUGGUAAUUUCUCCAAAUCUUUGUUGACAGUGACAUAGGGACUACAUGUAUUGACCCUGAAAAACCCUAUUGAGCCACAUAUUAAAAAAGGUCCUACGCGUGCCACCUGAUACUGUACGAGUUCCCCACUCACAGGUCAUCAACCAAGACUUUACAGAAGUGCACAGCCCCCCCCCCCCCCCCCCCCCCCCCCCCCCCCCCCCCCCCCCCCCCCCUCCUUUCUUCCGUAAUAAAUACAUUACUUUUUUUUUUUUUUUUUUUUGUUUUCUCUGUCUUUCUAGAAAAAAAAAACAAAAGAAAAAAAAAAAAGAGAGAAAAAGAAAAAAGAUGAAAGAAAAAAAAAAAACAAAAAAACUACUGGGUGGUAUUUUCUCCAAAUCUUUGGUACAAGGAAAAAAGGGACUAACUGUAUUGCCCCCAAAAAACCCUUUUGGGCCCCAUAUUAAAAAAGGUCCUCCCCGUGCCCCCUGAUACUGUACAAGUCCCCCCCCCACAGGUCACCAACCAAGACUUUACAAAAGGGGCCAGCCCCCCCCCCCCCCGCCCCCCUGGACCUUCAGUGAGAAGGCAUCUUCUCUUAAUUCAGUGAGAAAAUUCCUUCAGUUUUCUUUAAUCUUUUAGUGGCCUUCCAGCGGAUAAGAACAAGAAGUCCAAGAAAAGAGGUAAAGAGGUGAGAAAAUGCAAACUUGUUGUCAAAACACACCCAAUGAGGGCUAUGACUCAUAUUGCUUUGCACUGCUUACACACUUAUGGACCUGAAAAUGCUAGGGAUAUAAAGCUUUUCAAAACUAACAGAUCGAUGUCACUACCAGAGAUUGUUACGUCCCUGUGUCAUUGCUUUUCUUACUGGAUCAUUAGAACUCAUGGAUCAUAGAAAAUCUACUUUGGAAUGUCCUGUGGUCUUCUAUUUUCGUGAAAAGUGGCCUGUGUUUUCAAUUAUUCAAAUUUAUUUUUUGCAAAUUUAUGAUAUGAAGUUUGCAUGCAUUUCUUGUUUGACAGCUGUAAAGUAAUAUAGGAUGCACAAUACAGGGCCGUAGCUAAGUUUUUUGUAAUGAGGGGUGGGGGGGGGGGGUAUUAUUGCGAGUGCUGAAGGCAUGAGCCUUGCAGGGGGGUCCGGGGGUAUCUUCCCCCAGAAAAGGCUCAAAUUUGGAGGCUAUGAAAUGGUAUUUUUUAACACUCUUCAUAAGAUAUGUCUCCAAAAAAUUGACCUUGAAUAACUGUGAAAAGGCAGGCGUUUUCAAUGCUUACAAGAGCUUAUUUCCCAGGUCCUGUUAAUUUGAAACACACUGUAUACCCAAGCACUAGUACACUAAACAUUUCACAAUACUGCAUGAUGGUUGGCUAACUAACCUUGUGCUUACUAUUUGCACACACCAUGGGCCAACCAAUUUCUCUGUCAUGAAAAUGGUAAACAAUUGCAAGUCACUACAUUUAAAAUAACCAAGUGCAAAGCAAACAAAUCCAUCCACAGACUUGAUUUGUCUGGCUCAACAGGUCCAUGGGGGGGCAGCUUACCUUUGCCCCCCGCUAGCUACGGCUCUGCAAUAGCUAUUUUGAACAGGGCACCCAAUUUUUCUUUCAAGUAGUGACCUAUUUUUUGCAAAACCCAAUUAAGCAAUUUUAAAAAAGGUUUAGUGUUUCACACUCUUUGAAUUUUUUAAUAAUUAAAAACACAGGUUUCAAAAGAUCAGGAUGUAGAAUGUGAAAAAGAUAGUCACGAAGAAACCAGGGAUAAUGGAAAAGGUACUUUUCAAGAGAAUAUCUUAUGUAUGUAAUGCUAAAGAGAGAUAAUGAAAUAAGAACUUAAAGAUUAUUUCUUAAGAAGUACCUAAGAAGUUGAAUACCUUUGAUAUAAAUUAUUGAAAGUUUUUUUAGUAGGGAAGGCUAGGUAUUGUGGUAAAUGUAUUGGGAUCACCACAAAAAAUACUACUGAUAAGAGACAGAUAAACUGCAAAUUCAAAGAUAUGCAUGACAGUUGAUCUUGGUUAGCAUUAGGAGGCCACAACUGUGAGAACUUUUGUCCUUUUGAGGUGACAGAGGAUGCCACUGUUCCACUUGGCCUGAAAAAUGCUCAGGAAUGUGACUACGUGAGUUCUCCUUUUUGCAUUGACAAACUAAGAAUAUGACCCAAGUUGUUAACAUUAUUAUUUUGUUGACAAAAUCAACUGUUAUCCAAAUUUUUGAAUUUGUGGUCUUCUUGUUUUGGUAGUAUUGAAUUAAUAAAGGUCCAGUCAGUGUCCCGUUGUAUAACUGUUAGGCCCCAAUCGAUUGUGCUAGCGUAAUUUUUGCCAUCAUUUAGAAAAGUGGGGGUGAUUUUUGCACUUUUUAUAAAAGUAGCACUACUAGACAUAUUUUUAGGAUUUUUAGAGGAAACAUUACCAAAGACAUGGCUUGCUUGCUGUCAGAGAGUGAUUGUUUUUAAGUUCUGUCCAUGGUUUAGUCUAUGUUCUUAUGGGAUCUUGUGUAAUUUGUGCACCCCUUGAUUGAGUCUCAGUCAACGCUACUGGCUGAUACUCGAUCAAUAUGUUUGCGGACUCUAGGUCGCCAUAUCGGUCAACAUAUCGGCCGACUCCCGGUCAAUCUCUUGGCUGACAUCGGCUGUCCGACUCUUGGUUGACAUGUUGGCCUAUAGGUCGAGCGAUAGCCAACUGAGAGUUGGCUGAUGUGUCGACCAACAGAUCGGCUGAUUGUGUUGGUCGGUAUGUUGACCAAUAGUCAGUCGACAUAUCGAUCAAUAGGCUACUGACAUUCAACCAAUACUUCACUGAUGCGGUAUAAUAUUAUUUUUGUGUCUUCUCAAAUUUUUGUCCUGUCCGUGGUUUAGUCUAUGUUCUUAUGGGAUCUCGUGUAAUUUGUGCACCUCUCAGUUUGGUAUUGGUCAAUGCUAUCGGCCGAUAUAACUCGAUUGACAUGUCGGCCGAGAUGACGGCUGACUCUUGGUCGCCAUAUUGGCCAACUCCCAGUUGACUCGGCUGACUUUGGUUCGCUGACUCUCUGUCGUCAUGUUGGUAGACGGACAGAUUGGUGGAUUGUGUUUUUUUAUUAUUAUUUCAUUAAUUCCAAAGUACAACAAUUACAGUAAUUAUCACAAAGCAUACAUGCACACAUGGACUACACACCUAAGCACACAUGCAAUUCUACAAUCACUACAUGAUUGUGUUGGUCGGUAUGUUGACCGAUAGUCAGCAGACAUUGAUAGGUUACUGACAUUCAGCCGAUACUCUACUGAUACUUAGUCGAUGAUAUAUUUUGUGUCUGCUCAAAUUGUAGUUGUUUUAGUGUCCAUGAAGCAAUUUUUAAGGGGCUUUGACGGAUUUUACCAGUUUGAUAUUUUUGUUUUUUGGAAAAAAUGGGGACUGCUAUGGCAUCACAUUUAAGAGGUAUUCAAGGACAAUGUAACAUUAAAAAAUGCGUAGAACCACGGCAGAAAUCCGACAAACUGACUCAGUGAGGCUGACGUGGGAUGACAUGAACAACAGAACAGAAACUAUUUUCAAACCUCCGACCGCGAUAUCUUACGCGUAACACUGAAACCCAGCUCCCUUGUUCUAAUUUUAAAACACAAUCGACUGAUAUGCCACCGACAAUUGACACUCCCCGUAUUGGCCAGCCAGGUGUCAGUCAGCAUACUGGCCAUGUAUAGGCCGACAUAUUGGUCGACAUGUUGGCCGACACUUCAGCAUGUUGAUCGAUAUGUCGAUCAACAUGUUGACCAACAGUUGACCAAUAUAGCGAUUGCGUGGUGACUGAUACUUGGCUGACAUAUAAAGAUAUCAGCCAAUAGUGCCAUAUCAGUGUCGAUACUCGACCGAGAGGUGCACAAAUGACACAAGAUCCUUCUCAUGUCUGGGGGAGGAGGGAGGUUACCACAACACUGAGGAGGUAAAGACUGCAUUGGUCUCGGUUCCUGCUUUCACUAGCAGCAAAUUGAUGGCGUCAAGCAACUUGUAGAUACAAGAAGAAUAGCUGUUUGACAGGCUGGAACUUGCUCAAAUUGUAAGAGAUCCGGGCCUAAAGCAAACCAAAGGUAAAUAGAAGGCCAAGGGGCCAUUUGACGUGAGAAAAGUCCGUUAAUGUGAUCUCAUACUUAAAGAAAAAGAGGCAUAAUUUUCCAAAAGGAGCUCUGUCAAUAAUAAUUAUUGUGAGCACAGUUCGCUGAAAAUCAAGCUCUGCUAGCUAAAGGCAUAAUAAUAAGCUGCCUUUACUAGCACUGCAGUCAAUAAUUUCCUACAAUGUAUUUACUAUUUUACAACAUUAUCAUCAUCUUUCUUUGGCUUUUUUUAUUUUAAUAGGAAUGGUUAGUGGCCUAAAAUUACACCAGCUGCCUUAGAAAAUUAAUAUUUGCUUAAAUAUUUUUCCUUGAGCUUUACUUUUCUGUGAUUUUUGUUUUGUUUUAAUUUUUGUUUUUGAUUUUCCAUUAAAAUAUAUUUUUUUUUUUGUGGAAAUUUAGAUGGGAGAUCCAAAAAAUACCUGGCAGAUCUGAAUGAGGAGCUAUUAUGUUGUAUCUGCCGUGAACUGAUGGUCUUAUCUCACACACUGCCAUGCUCACACACCUUUUGUUACAGCUGCAUCAGGGACUGGCUUAGGUAAAGAGUACAUUUGAAAUAUGUUUUAGUAUAUCUCUCGUGUUGUUUUUCAUCAUCUUCUCGAGGUAAAUGAGUAUGUUAAUUUUGAAACUUUCAGAUAUUAUUUCUUUAUUAUUGUCAAGUAUUUCCAAAAUUAUUUUAUUUUAUCUACUUAAAAAGUUAAUAACAACAGAAAACAUUUUGAGAAUUAUAAUCUAAAAUAUCACAUUCAUGUGUUUAGUCAUUCAGGUAACUGUCCAAACUGUAGAGCAAGCACUCAGUUGAAAUUAGCAGUGCCAGUCAAGGUAAUGUUGUCAAAUAUAUUUGUUAUUCCUGUAUCCCUCUGUUAGUCAAGGAAACAGCUCUCUCUUUUGUGACAUUAAAUUGUUUUGAGGUAUUCCUAGUCCAUGCAUGUACAGUAGGCUUGGGACAAGCCCUGUUAGUUCCCCAUCCAUUGUGCAUGACUGCAGUCACUCUCCACUUUCCUCAUGUUUGCCCCUGCUCGCCUGAAAAACACGACCACAUAAAUUGACAACUGUGUUUAAUAUUAUUUAAAACCACACCGUUUAAAAUCCUUUUGAAAGGGUUGAUUUAGCAUCAUCACUGUCUUCUAACACCCCCCUGCUCCAAUCAACAAUUUAUAAGAAUUGUUUCUCCUUAGGUUCCUAAAUUUUCUCAGUCCUUUUCCUAAAAAAGUCCAGAGUUCCCACUGAAAAAAUCCCGUAAAAGAAGACAAACAUCCACACAAGAUUUUUUUCUAUGGCGUAAGUGCUCCUCCCCUCAAUCCGGGGACUUUUAUUUGAAACUGUCAAUCUUCCCGCGCGUAACAUAAUUUCCGGUAAAAAUGCACUUCCGGUUUGCUCUUACAAACAAUUCUUUUAGAAAAAAGGCACAAGAAAUAAUCCUUAACAAGAAUCGCUGUGUAUGUUCCCUUAGCUGACUUUCUUUGGUGCAGGCUUAAAAUUUACUGUUUUUACAGGGUUCAAAUAAAAUCACAGCUUUUAACCUGAAUCUGUGGGCUUUUUAUGUCAAGGCUUAUUUUCUCCCAAUAAUGAAUAAUAAAUGAGCACAUCCUGUCAAUAGUCAACAUUGCGAUUUAUCACAGUAGAUAAAGGAACAGUUAAAUAUUCAAUGUCCAGGAAACAAUGUCAGCGCGAUUCAUGAAAUAUGUUCAUAGAACUGAUAUUUGGGAAAUCAAUAUCAAUAAUUAUCGGUAUCACCAAUUUGAAAGGUAACCAUGUUUGGAUCACAUACUUAGAUGAAAACUGAUUGCCAGAAAUACAUAAAUUAGUUCUUAUCUAAGUUUUUUUUUAGAAAGAAGACUGUGAUGUGUGAAUCUCUCCUUGCUGAAGACAUUCUGAUAAUCAAUACUCAUAAGAUAAAGCUGAUAAAAGUAAAACAGUUUACAAGUUUGUAUUUAGGACUGGAGCAAAGUUAUUACUAUAAUAUAUUAAUUCAUUCGCCUGAAGCAGAAUCGCUUCUCAAAAUUCCGUAAUCAAACGGUUCAUCACUCCAUUCCUCUGCUUCAGAAUUAAUCAUUUGCUGUGAACAUGAGAUCUCCUUUUCAACUUUAGCGGCACACUUUAAAUUUCCAAGCCUUCUUUUACUCAUUUUAAAACAUCCCUUGGCUGCUUUGUGGUGUGUUAUGAAAUAUUUAAACCAACAUUACAGCAACUUCAAUUUCAAUUGGCUGAUCAAAGCAUGACAUUAUCUAUUUCCUUGGUUAAAAGUCGCCGGAAAAUGUGGUCAGAGUGCUGGCUGCUGUUUUAAACCCUGGUUUUUAAUACAGUAUUAUUUGUAUGAUCUGACAACAACUUAUACUUCAAUCUAUUGUUUGAAAUUUCAGGUGCUGGACAAUACCAUUGAUAAGGUGGCUGCAGAGGUUCUUACAGCAGAGGAAUUAAAAGAAAGAGAACUUAAAAAACAGGUUGGGUAUAGGGGACAAAUCCACCUAUUAAUGGUCUAUUUUCUUAUUCCACCACUUCCUUUCUUCUUAACAACUUGAAUAUCUAAAAUUUAUUUUAAUAGGAGAUGUCUGAGGAAGUUAAAAAGAAAAAGGUUGAGGUGUUAACAGUUUCUUCAGAAAGGUAAUGGAAUACGAUUUACACCUAAGCAUGCAACAGAAGUGAAUUAUUUUUUAUUACUAUAACCAUUAGUCUUGUGGUGUUACCAGAGACUUGUCCAGGAAUAUAGCUUUAACCAUCAUCAACUACUAGGUAAUUUCUUACGUCCAUUGUUAUUGUAAAUGUAACACCAGUCCUGUUGAUUGAGUGUUCGGAACAUACCUUUGUUGAUUUUUUAAUGACUUGUUGACAUUUUUACAGUGAUAGUGACUCAGAUGAUAGCGUUGACCUGGAUUUUUUGCUGUGGGAUGGAGUGGUAUGUUAUAUUGUAGUUUUAGUUUAAGAGAAGCAGUGGUGCAAAGAAACUCUACUAAAUUUUCCUACCCAAAAAAAUCAUAAGGACAAUGGUUUUGAAGCAGUUUGAUCCUGUUUCUUUGUUUCUCUUGCUGUUGAUAUGAACUUUGUUUAAAGGCCGAUACACACGAGGGGUUUUGCUCCCGAAGCAUGCUCCAGGCUCAUUUUGCACGUAUCAGUACACACAAGGGAGUGUUUUCAAGUUCGCUCAAUUUGCCCUGGGAGCUUGCUCCCAAACAUUUAACCUGUUAAAUAUCAUAGAGCAUUUUGUGGGGUGGAAUUUCUGCUCCCGAGGAUGAAGUAUACCCAUGAAAUCGUUGGUACACACGGAGGACCUUUGCUCCCGGAGCAUGCCCCUGGAGCAUGCUCCAGGAGCAAAAUCCCUCGUGUGUAUCGGCCUUAAAGGUAUGUGGGUUGCAAAUCAAUACCAAGGAAGGUUAUGUGGUCUCAUUGGUGGUAUUAUUGACCCUAGCUCCUCAACUCUGAGUUCACCUAUCUCCCACAUGUAUUUCCCUUUGCAGGUACUGAGGCACAGUUUAUGUAAAAGAAAAACAACAAUACAUCUAAAAAGUAGAACACAAGGGGAACUUUGUUUUUUUCCUUUGUUUCUUUUGUUAUGACAGUAACUUCAAAAAGACCUAUUUUUUGUUAAUACUGGUCUGAGUUACUGCCAUUUUGUAAUAUCUCUUUUAGCACUUUCAUUUGGACUAUUGUUACAGUGUUGAGCAUGCUCGCAGUGGUCGUGCCAGGUGCAGAACUUGCUUCGCCCCCAUUGCUUUCAGGUGAUCAUAUUAUUCCUAGGAUAUUUUCUUGCACGUUAUAAUCUCACAAUGACUAUCAACUCAAAGUUUGAAUAUAACUAGUGUGCCCAUGAAAGGCUAUUCUUGAGUUUUUACUAUCUGCAACUUUUUUGGGAUUGAUAAUGGUUGCCACAGCUUAAUGCAGUCUGUUUGUAUUAGUUUAAUGUAUUUCACAAUGUGGUUUUUGCGACAAUACUUUGGUGACAAAUGCUUUUUGUUUACAUUUUUAGCAUCUCUCAAACUUUUAGAUGGCUCCAACGAACAUGACAAUUUGUACAGGACUUUUGUACUCAAUGACUUAAAGAAAAGCCUACAGAAAAUACAUGUAUUCAAAAACAUUUCUGAAAUUUAUUACUCAAAUCAUUAUAAUAAAGUUCACAUAUAAUGCCCACUCUGAUUGGCUGAAAAAGGUGCUUUAUGAAAUUAUAAAACAUGGAGAUAAAGUUUGUAUUGAAAAAUAGAAAGUAAUGCGUGGGGAAUUUAACAGAUUCUUUAUGAUGAAACAAAUAAAGAAACCUUGACUGUUCCCUGUUCUUUUGUAGAAAGUGGCUAGAGCACUCAAGAAGCACUACGUCGUGGGUUUUCCCCUACACCUCUUUUGUGCUCUAGCUGCCUCAAUUUCUGCGUGCUUUAUAACAAAACAGAGCACAGUCCUGACUUCUUUAUAAAAUUACUUUAAAGUAGUUUCUAAAUCUCUCUAUUAUUGAAAGAGAGAGAGAGAGAUUUAGGGACAUUUACAGCAAACCACAAAAGUGAAUUUGUGCCACGUUUAUUUUUCUUACACUGUUCGUUACUUCUACCCCCAGUUAGUAGCUUCAUAUUAGUUUCGUCAAUAACAGUAUUGUUUUUUUUUCCCAUGUGUGAAAGACAUUGUUUGCUCCUCUGAUUGGCUAGAACUCAUUUGUGUAAGAAAAUUUACGUCAUAGCAUGACAGUAUGUAUAUAAUAAAUACUAACACUACAAGAUAACAGUAAAGGUCGGAACUCACUAAGUGACAAGUUGCAGCAACCCACUCUGGCACCACAUUGCAGCAACAUAUCGUGUGUUCUGGAGAAGUUAUGGGGAAAUCGUUGUCUCAGCAACAGAAUUUUGUCGCUGCAACAAGUCGCACAAAAUCAAAUCAGACUGAAUUGGUGCAACUUGCUGCAGCGACAAAAUUCCCCAGUUCACAUGAACCAAUAUUGGUCUCUCCAAUGUGCCAUGCAACUUUUUGUAGCAACUUAUCGGCUGACCUGUACACACAGUGAUUAGUCACUGCGACCUGUUGCAGCACAUGUCGCCUAGUGUGUUCCCACCUUAAGUAACUGCAUUGGCAUAAAAUGUGAUUUAUUGUUUAGAUCUCUUCGAUGGAUUGUUGACUUCAAAACAAGAUGGGAGCAUUUACCACAAACCCACUUUCAUCAUUUGGAAUGUUUUUUACCUCCACCUUCUAUCACAUAUGAUUAUGUAAGUAAUUAAAAUAAUUGUUGAUAUAAAUUUAAAAUUAUUGUCUUCUGCUUAUGCCCUAAUGUGAGUCUGUUAAAUUUUUAGUAUCAGGAAUAAACACUAGCACAGUGCUCAACUUAAAUGUAUAGUGUGAGCAUUUUUGUCCAAAAUGCUCAACCAGCUUCAAACUGGAUUUUUUGGCAAACUUUUCACAGGGUUCGAACACGUCUUGAAAACCCUGAAUUUUUAUUGUCCUUUUUCAAGGCCUUGAAAGUCCUUGAAUUUUAAUUGACGAACAUUUUCAAACACCAAAAAACAGAAUAAAAUUGGCUUUGAGGAAAUGAAGGUCAGGCAUGGAUGGCGCGUGCUUCAAAAGGCUGAGGUCUUAGAUGGUUACUAGUGCCUUUGCAUUAUAAAAAUGGCUGGCCUUAAGAACAAAAGCUCAUUAUUAUUCGGAACGUUUUCAUAGUUUAUUUGGAACCCUUGUAAUAAAUUAGGUCCUUGAAAUUUAAAAAUGUGGUCCUUGAAUUUGAUGUAAGAAGAAGUGUAUGAACACUGUUUUCAGGGGGAAAUGGUUCAAAAACAGCCAAGCACAGAAGAGAAUUUUAAUUCUAAUUUUAAAAAUGCAAAUAUGGUGUGCUUUUUUUGUAGAUUUUAUCUUUUCUUUUCAUUCUCGGUAGAGAGAGGAUAUUACAUGGUGGCGCGAAGAUAUGAAUUUUAUUUCCGAGUAGCAAAACAAUAUUUUACUCACUCGCUGAGCUCGUUCGUAAAAUAUUGUUUUUGCCACAAGAAAAUAAAAUUCAUAUCUUCAAGCCGCUGUGUAAUGUUCUUUUUAUUAUAUAGACAAAAUGACAUCGAUAAAAUAAUACAGGGAAAUUACAAAAAUUACGUCAUCGAUAAACUCACGUGUGAGAUUAUGGAAAAUAAACCACUCGGGUCCCGGAUGUAGUUUUUAUGAAUUUUACGAGUGGUACAUUUUCCAGUAAAACACUCGUGUCUAUAAUUAUUAUAAUAAGGUAAGGGUAAUUUAACUUAGGUUUUUCCAUUUCCCUCGAUAGUAAAUACGACAUAUAUUUUGAUAUAUUUAACUCUGCAGCUUGCCUUCUCACCCCAACUGUCAAGAGAAGAGAAGAGACAAGUGAGGGACAUGAUGGAAGCACGCUAAUUAUUUUAACAUUGCUUUGCUUUUUAUAGGCAAAAAUCCAAAAUUUUCCUAAUUAGCUAAAGGUAAACGUUACCAUGUUUUUUCUGCCACUUUACCGAAAAAAAUAAAAACUUUUUGCAAGGAAGAAAUCUGCAACUGCCAGAAAUAGCUUGUUCAAGAUAUUUUCUUGCAAUUUAUGGUCAUUAUGUUGUAUGUAUUGCUUUCAUUCAUACCAAAAACUUUAAGUUCUAAAAUUUGCCUUUCAACACAAAAUAUAUAAGUAAUUUUUUCAAUCAAUCCCUUCAUAUAAAUGGCUUGCAAAAGCACAAUAAUAUUUCCC